CACCAAUAGCGAUUAUUGAAUUCGUGCUAUCUAUAAAUUUAAAAAUGAAACGUUUUUGGUGUGCACUUAACCUCUUUGUCAACUAUGAAUGUGUCAUUAGAGAUGCAUGACACUUUCGUCAUGAAAGUUUGUGGAAUGUGAGAAACUGAAUAAAUCAUGCUUGGAAAUAUAUUGAGGUUUUUGUAUAUGUACGUGACUCUAGUCAACAGUUAUGUGGAAGGCAAGUGCUGGUACCAAACUAGAUAUCUCUAAUGGGAAUGAAGAUGACUGGGAAACCGACCCUGACUUUGUGAAUGAUGUGACAGAACAGGAGCAGCGAUGGGGCUCUCGCACAGUAGAGGGCUCUGGACGUACUGCUGGUGCUAUCGAUAUGAAGAAGCUGCGAGAGGAAACAGCUGAAGCAGAUGCCAUUUUAAAGCAGAAACAGUUGGAAGAAGGUCCAAAAGCUGCAUUUGGCUAUGGAGGGAAAUUUGGUGUGCAGGCAGACAGGAUGGAUCAAUCAGCUGUUGGACAUGAUUAUGUGGCUAAGGUGGAGAAGCAUGAGUCACAGCGAGAUUACAGCACAGGGUUUGGAGGCAAGUUUGGUGUGCAGAGUGACAGGCAGGACAAGAGUGCUGAAGAUUGGGACUAUAAGGGAAAGAUAGAGAAGCACGGUUCUCAGCUUGACUACAGUACUGGCUUUGGUGGGAAGUAUGGUGUUCAAGUGGACCGCCAAGACAAAUCUGCUGUCGGCUGGGAUCACGUUGAGAAGGUCGAGAAGCACGAAUCACAGAAAGAUUAUGCCAAAGGUUUUGGUGGCAAGUAUGGCAUACAGGCGGACCGCCAGGACCGUUCAGCCGUUGGCUGGGACCACAUUGAGAAGACUGAGAAGCAUGCCAGCCAGAAAGAUUAUGCUGUUGGAUUUGGUGGAAAGUUCGGCAUUCAGGUGGAUCGUCAAGAUAAGUCAGCUGUUGGGUGGGACCAUCAUGAACAGCUACAACAGCAUGAGAGUCAGACAGAUCAUAAUAAGGGUUUUGGUGGUAAGUUUGGUGUUCAGAGUGAUCGAGUGGAUAAAUCAGCUCAUGAUUUCAAUGAACAACCAGAGAGAGUUGGCACAAAGUAUGAGAAACCGAAGCCUCGCGCAGGGUCUGCCAAAUCAUCGAACCUUCGUGCAAAAUUUGAAAACCUUGCAAAGCAGGGUGAUGAGGAAGCAAAGAAGAAGGCAGAGGAGGAACGACAGCGACGCAAGAAGCAAGAAGACUUGGAGGAACAUGAAGCACGUGAACGUGAGGAGACACGACUGAAAAAACUAUUGGAACAAGAACAGGAGGAGCAUAGAAAAUUACAGGAGCACAAACUUUACCUCGAGCAGACUGCAUCUCGACCUAUGUCUGUGCCUCAGGAGGCUGCUCAACCUCAUCCACAGGCACGAUCUUCUACUCAGGAAGCUACAGUUGCACCUCAGUCUACAGUUGGUCCACAGUCUUCAGUUGCACAACAGUCUCCAGUUGUGCCACAGUCUUCAGUUGCACAACAGUCUCCAGUUGUGCCACACUCAUCAGUUAUGCCACAGUCUCCAAUUGCACCACAGUCUCCAGUUAUGCCACAGUCUUCAGUUGCACCACACUCUCCAGUUGCGCCACAGUCUCCAGUUGUGCCACAAACUCCAUUUGCACCACACUCACCAGUUGCACCACAGUCUCCAGUUGAGAAUGUUCUGUCAGAGCGCCACAUGGUACAGGCAGUGCCAGGACAGGAGGAGGAAGAAGAUGAGGUUGUAGCUUUUGAUGCUGGAGAAGACACAGGCUACUCUGCUAUUGCAUUGUAUGAUUAUCAAGCUGCUGCCGAAGAUGAAAUAUCAUUUGAUCCUGAUGACCUAAUCACCAACAUUGAAAUGAUUGAUGAGGGUUGGUGGCGUGGAUACUGCCAUGGCCAGUUUGGACUGUUCCCAGCCAACUACGUUCAGCUGCAGCAGUGAUGAGCACGUGUGCAGUCUGGUAGAGUUUGACUGUGAUACAAAGUACUUAAGAGCUUCCAGGAAUGCAUAUUUCUCAUCAGAAAGACAAGGAAAUGUUAAAAAAUAACUUGGUGCUGUAUAUGUCUAUAUAAGUUUCCAUUUUCCCUGUAUUCUUGUAUGUUUGCUUUUAGUGGCACUGGUAAGAGCGAACACAUGCUCAUAUUAAUAGUGAAAGCCAAUUUAUGUCUCACUUUUGACAUUUAGAGUCUUACUUAUUUAUAACCACUGUAUUUGUGUGACCUUCAGUAUGUGACUGUUGCCAGAGUUACGAGGUAUGUUAACCCCGGCAUUUUUACGUGGUGUCCAGUGUCACUGCUCAGAACACAGAUUUGCUGUCAGCUCAGCACUAAAUGAAUUAAGCUGGCAAACACUAUAUACUUUUCUGCAGGACUGAAUUUGCCUUUGCCAUUUUAAAACUUCAGGAAAUAAGAAACAAUUUUGGGGAGGUUCUCAGAAAUCAGAUUUCUUGAUUAAAGAAAAAAUUAUAUAAAUAUGAUAUGACAAUAGUAAUAGUUUUGCUAAAUUACAGGUAAUAUCAAAUAUAGGCUGUGAAGUAUUGAUCAUCCUUUUGUUAUAGGUUUUGGACUUAGAUUAUAGGGUAAAUGACUCAUUUUAUUGAUUUUAAAUCUGUAACUUUAAUGAGAUUAAGUAUUAUGAUUA